UUUUAGAUGAGUAUUCUUCUAUUUGAGAACUAUCUGAUACCAGUCUUACAACGACUUACCUAUUUUAUUUUUAGUAAGUUACAUUCUUUGUUUGUUAUUUUCCAAUAAAAGUUCUGAAUUUUUCGUACAAAAUGUGUGCAUGGAUGACGUGUUGACUGAUUUAUCGCGUUCACAUUCGUGAAAAUUGAUCAAUGAUCUUUUAAAAUUGGUUACAAAGAUCACAUGAUCUAGUCUGGGCUAGUCACUGACGCUGAUGGACUAGUCACUGACGCUGAGUGUUCACUACCACUGUUCACAUGAACAGCUUGUUUUGCCGUGUAUAUAAGAGACCUGGUAAUUUGCACAAUACGAGUUUAACGUAAUCGUCCAAUAAUAUACUGUACGCUACCGUAUCUAAUCCACUUAACUUAGACUAGUCCCUCUACAUGUAUAAUUAUAUAGUCCUACAGGCCUACUGCGGAAGUUGAGUUACAUCGAAAUGAGUUAAUAAAACUAAAUUGUUCCUCCGUGUUUGUAUGACAUUAACAAGUCCCUCAAAAUGUAAAACCUGUACGAUGACAUGGUAUUAUUUCUUUCCUGCCAUAUAACAGCAUAUAGACCACUUUCAUACAGACUGGUUUAAACAUUCUUUUAUAUUAUACAUCUUAAUAUAAAAUUCCAUUCAAUCCAGUCACAGAAACAGAGAAGGCUUAUUAAGAUGCACAUGAAAGGAAUGUUUAAACCCGUCUGCAUUAUAAUUAAGUAUUCACUGGCCAUGCAUAUAGGGACAAUGCUACGCUUCUUUAGCAUGCAUUUAAAAUCUGAAUUAGUAAUUGGUAACUUUCAUAACCAUCCGGCCAUCCCUGCUUCUGAAUUAGUAUUCAUAACUUUCAUAAACAUCCCCUAACAUGCCUUUGUGACCAAAAUACCGCGUCGUGAUUUGUUUGUAGCCUUAUUAAUUAUUCAUGCAUGUAUUUACAAAAUGUAGUUGCUGCAAAAUUUCUACAGUGUAAUUAAUAAAGCUUACUUUAUAUUGAUGAUUAUGAUUUAUGUUUUAAUUAUGCGUCGGUUUUCAACCACGCUUGUUUCGAUCUCUAAUAUGUAUAAUUAUAUGAAAUUAUAUUUGAAUUUUCGUAGAAACUAUAACUGGUUCUGAGACAACGCAAAGUUUGAUGUGGAUGUGGAUGGUACCAGCUUUAUCCUCCAUAUUUCGCGCAUUUUGGGUGAUCCCGCUAUUCUGGCUCACCAAACCUCUUAAUAGUCUCUGGUAUCAGGUGAGUACUCGCAGUUAAAGUAAUUACUGCAUGUAUAGUAUAUAUCGUGUAUAGAUUUCGAGAUAAUUCGCUCAAUUUUAACUUUUAACGUCCUUCGGUUUACAUUUUUUUAAAACUCAGCUAGCCAGGGCUCCAAAUUGUUCAUGAAUUAUCAGCUUUUGAUUAUCCCUUCAGACAACAGACCCGUUUUUAGAUGGUAUCUAACGGUUUAGAUGGUAAUUCUUUCAAAUAUGAAAAAAAUUUCUCGUCAUAUCACCUUUAAAUUUCCCGUAUUUCCUUCCAACUCUCACACUGCAUUCUUAGAUGCAAAUUUCGGUGAAAUCUAUUAACUUGUAUGUUGACCACGUCCAGACUCCAGACAGUUAUAUUUUCAUUUGAAAAAAUUUAGGAAAUAGCCGACUUGGCAUAUCGUAGAAGAAGCGGCAAACCUACUGUUCUUUUGUCAUCUAGCGGCAGGUAAAGUACGUUGAGUGAAAACAUUAAAAUUUCUUUAUCAAUUGACAUUAAUUUUCCAAACGAAGCCAGUGGAUCGCGUGGUCUUUAUAACGAGUGCAUUUCGGGUUGUCCUUUAAUUCAUAAAGGGGUGCCUGGAAAUCCUUUAAUUCUUCUUAGUUUUUUAUUUUCUGAAGUUGUUUAAUAGGCCGUUUGCUGCGUCCCGAUAUCGUUCACUUUCAUGCAUUUCCCAUGUUUUUCAAUGAUUCGAGCAAAACGGUCUUUUUCUUAAAAGGAAGACUGGUAAAUAGAAAUUGGUUCUUUUGAGUGACAUAAUCGUUUGUUGUCACUUGUCAUCGAUCCGUGUCGUUGAACAAUGAAAAAAUUUGUCGUGAAAUUAGUGAAGAUAAAAUAGCAGUUUGGUGAGAAAACUGCGGGUCUGCGGAGCGGGAACUUUUCGGAUUUGAACUCAGCGUACUUGAAAGUGUUAGUUCCAAUAGAAAUAUUUCAGUUCCAAGACAAGGGAAAUGAAAAUCGUUUUCUAGGCUCUUUUCGAGGUCACAGCGAACGGCCUAUAACAUUGAACCGAGCCGCCAAUGAAGCCCGCAACCAUUGAAAAUUUUUAUGUAGUUUUUAAGUUUUUAAUUGAACUUAAGUUAACAUAAAACUACAGAUUUUUAAAUUACUAAGGGAUGGACCAUUUGAUUUUUUUUGGGGGGGGAGGGGGGUUGGGCAAUUUUUCGUGCAUGAUAUUUUUCGUCGGGCAAAGAUGUGCAGGAAUUUUUUUCGCCAUGAUUCGCUUGGAGGAUAUUUUUUCUUCGAAUAUAUGACAUAGUAUCAUUAAUUUUAUAGUUUUUCUAGGUUGAUCUUGUAUGCAGGGACGUAGCGAAGCAUCUGAAUUUGGGGGGGGGGGGGUGUCGGACAAUCUGAUUUUACAUGAAAUUUGAACUUCAAUGUUAAAAAUUUACCUGAAAUGUAAUAAUUAUAAUAAAGCUUUUUGUGAUUGAUUUGCACUGUCAUACUAAGUUUCUGAAAAAAGGGGAUUUUUAAAGCUCUAGGACUGCAUUUCUGGCAUUUUCUAAAGCAAAUUCGCAAACGAAUUGGAUGUAAAUUGACUGUAUUUUACAAAAAUUAUUACUUUAUUAUGCAAAUUUUACCUGAAAAUGUCAAAAUUUUAACUUGAAUUUUACCUGAUUUUUGCCUGAAUUUCACAGUUGGGGUGGUUUUACACCUCCCCCACACCUUCCCGGUCGCGACGUCCCUGCUUCUAUGUUACAAGGUGCUCACGAAAUCAAUGCCUAAUACCAAUCUUAAUAACCACAAUCCUAUAUAUUCGUGGGCAUAACAUGAGUGGUUUAAAUAACCUUUCCUAGCUUUGCUUUUCGCCGGUGUAUAAAAUAACCGUGCUGGAUUAGUACCCUCGCCUUAAGCUUAUGAUCUGGUUCUGUUUUAUAAUUCUGUUUUUAAAGAGCAGAUGUGCUUUGUGUUGAUUAAAAGGGUAUUGUUAUAAAAUGGUUGCUGUUUUAAUAAAUAAUUUCACUUCUUGUCCAAGAAAGUAUAAAAUAAAGUAGCAACAAAUUGUUGCAAACAAUAUUCACUAUAAUCUGUAUAACAUGAAGUAUGUAAAUGUGUGAUAUGAUUUGUUUUCGUGCCUUUGAUUUUAAAAUUUAUACAGGUAUCCCUAUUUUAUAUGAAGCCUUGUUUCAUUUCAGAUUUGAUAUAAAAUCCUACAAACUAUAAAGCUAUAAAACACCACGUAUAGCCUAUUAGUAAAAACCAUGGCGCUUUUGCACGAUUUUUUCCCUGUAGUUUUCUUGUGCAAGAUUAUACAAUUACUUUAUGAUUUCCGUGUUUGGAUGGCCUGAUCCAAACACGCGGGAAUGUUGCGAGACUUAAGAAAAGCGCGCAAAACACGAGCCGAAGGCGAGUGAUUUUGCGCGCUUUUCCUAACUCGAGCAACAUUCCCAAGUGUUUGGAUCAGGCCAUCCAAACACGGAAACCAUAAAGUAAUUGUUUUAUAAAAUAACAACUUUCCGUGUUAAAAUUUCACUUUAAAAAACUUUCACUUUAAAUUUCCGUGUUUGGAUGGCCUGAUCCAAACACAGAUUUCGACCAAUCAGAGCACGCGUUAUAUACAUGUUAUUUUAUAAAUAAUUUUCCUUGGUUAAAGUUCUGCUCGAAUUUUUUUUGUAUUUGCCCCCCCCCCCCCUUUUCAAAAAUCUAAUGGUCCAUCCUUAAAAGGGUGGUAUUUCAAUAGCAAUUUUGUCAAAUGCUAACUGGAAUGCUCGCCCAAGUCCAAAAUAUGAGUAUUAUUAAAUAAUAUCACUGUUAACUAAAAGCAUAUAUCUUCAAUAAAAAGGUGAUCGGACUUCUCUCACUGUUUUCAAGGCUUUGCUUACUUACUACUUUACUUCGUUACUCAUUACUCAGAAUAAAAACACCCUACUUUUCUGCGUAUUUUAUUGUUGUAGCAUUAUUAAAGGAAUACCGAAUGGUUUUCCGUGCAGGAUUGUGUGAUCCAUGCACGAGGGAUGUCGCGAGACUUUCGGAAAGCGUAAAAAUACUCGAGCCGCAGGCGAGUGUAUUUUUACGCUUUCCGAAAGUUGAGCAACAUCCCAAGUGCAUGGAUCACGCUAUCCUGCUUGGAAAACCAUUUGGUAAUUGUUUUAUAAAAUAACUACAGUGAAACAAUGACAUUUUGAGAAUCCCGCGAAAAUCCCGCGAAGACCUUUUAAUUCCUCGUGCAGGAUAGCCUGAUCCUGCACGGCUAUUGACCAAUCAAAUUGCGUGUUUCACUGUAGUUAUAUAAUAAUAUUUCUUCACUUACACUUUGCAGUUUCGCUCAAAAUGUGAGUUUAACCAUUGCUGACAUAUUCUUUAGUCUGUUAAUCCAAGGCUUUUUCUUGCUGCAGGUAAGUUUUUCAAUAUUUAUAAAUGAAUUAUCAACCACAUCACGUCCUAACACUAACACUGAUUAGAAAAAUUAUGAGGUCUGCUGGAUUCUCGUCGUGAAAAUCUUGAAGUUUAAUCCGAAUUGAAAUAAUAGUUCCUGCAUGCAUGAUAUAUAUGGGGACGAACUCCCCACCAAUUCAAAGAAUAAAAUAAUAACAUCAAAGGAAAGUUGUAGUGUAAUUGUAAUUAAUCACAUAAUUAUGUGAAUUAUUAUGUAAUUAAUCACAUAAUUAUGUAUAGUGGUUUUGUGCAGCCGGAACUUGGCCGUUGCGUUGACAAAAUGAGUACCUAUAUAUCUAUUUUCUAUAACCUUGGAAUCCACCAAUGUGGAAUUAGUUGAAUAAAAAUGUAUAUUAGGGUCUUCUUAAUCGUAUAUUAUGUCCCAAAAAAUACAAUUAGGAAAUCAGAUAAUUUUUUUUCCAUUUCUGUAGGCGACUUUAGUUAGUAUAGUUCCAAUUGUGGGUCCGAUACUCAGUCUUUUACAUAUGACUCUGCUACAUUCACUAUACUGCUUUGAAUAUACCUGGGUAAAUAAAGGUAACUCAGAUAACAGACAGUUUUCACAGUUAUUUUUCUGUACUCUAAAAAUUGAUAGUUUUUUUAUUUGAUAAUUAGUAGUAUUUUGAUUUGGCUAUAUUCUUAUCCUAUAGGUUGGAGAGUUGACAAACGCUUAGCUUUUAUAGAGACUAACUGGCCUUACUUUGUUGGCUUUGGUCUACCAUUGGCGUUGUUAACGAAUGGUUCUAACUCACUUGUUGUAAGGUAAUCAGAAUAGGAUUCAUGGCAUUUAGGACUUUAAUGUGUGUAUUAUUGAUAUCUGAAAUGUACGUGUACAUGUACGUACAUUUCCAUCAGUCUACACUUUAUGAAAUUGCACGUAAUUUUUAUUUUAGUGGUUGCAUUUUUGCCAUUUUAUUUCCGUUGUUUAUCGUCAGUGCAAAUGAGGCUCAGCCAAUCGAAACACAGUAAGUACUAAAUUAGUGCCGUGUCACAAUAGAAGGCUAGGUCUGGUCUUGGUCAGAUUUUUCUUUACUGAUUGAUUGUGUUAAUCAGCUUACCAAUUGACCAACUUUCGUAAUAUUAUCGCAAUUUAAAAAAAACACAUUGUUUUGGGGGCGGAGGGGGAAAGACGAGCAAAUUAUUGAAGUCGGAUCCUAUAGCUAGUAAAAAUAGGUCACAAGAGGAAUGUUUUAAUAACGUGACACUGAUGGUUUUCACCAAUGCCAGGGCGGGAGCAGGGCUCGAAAUAGCGGGCUGCCAUUGGCCAAAAGCAGGCCAUAUUUUAGAAAUGACAUGCAAAAACAAAAAAAAGUCAAAAAAAUGGCAGGUGAAAUUCUAUAGAUACAUUUCAUUUCAUUUGCUUACCCAAGUCAUAUAUACUAGAUCAUUUAGUUGACUAAAUACGUUUAUAUUUGAAAUGUAUAUCACGAAAACAAUGAUUUUACAAUAUGACUCAUAUAUGAGACAUCGCCAUUUUGGCAUUUCAAUGAAUAAAAAUGGCAGGCUAAAAUUUGUUUCACCUGCCAAAAAAUGUUAGACUGCAUGGCAGGCCAUAUUUUUUCUCUACAACGAGCCCUGGUGGGAGGCAAGAUCGACCUGGAGACGUUCCUGCUGAAUAUAAACUUAAUGUAACAAAUUAUACCAUUGAUCCCUUCUGUUAUAGAAGCGUUCCAGUUCGUAUAUUUUCCGUAUCUGUUUGGUUAACUAACAAGGUAUUACGAAGAUCGUGGACAAGAACGAACCUUCAGUCGAAAAAUAAAUAAUCCAUACAGUGCUAAAUUUUUAUCAAGACCGAACUCUAAAUGAUUGUAUAGAGACUCGAAUAGGUUGGUCAAAUAUGUCGAACACGCAUUAGUCAUCAAUACUUUAUAAGAAUUCGAUUUACUGUCUCACAUCGACAAAAGAAAAAUGUCCAUACAGUAAACUAGAUCAACUGCUCGUAUAUUAUCUUUAACAAACGAGCACUGAUAAAAGUGAUAAUCUCACAUGUGAGAUUAUUCAUGAUAAUCUCACAUGUGAAAAUUAUCGCUUUUCAAUUAUCGCUUUUCUGUAAAAAUCAUCGCUUUUCAAAGACUGUUCUUUAUAUAAUAAACAGAAAAAUACAUGGGUGCUUGGAAAUACAAGAUUUAUUUCUCGUGUUGAGCAUGAUAUCUCACUCGUUCGCUGCGCUCACUCGUGAGAUAUCAUGUUCAACACUCGAAAUAAAUCUGGUAUUUCCUCGCACCCCUGUAUUAUUCUCUAUAUAUUAGGCUACCAGCCGUCUUGAAAUUAACAUUGUUCAUACAAUUAUAAGGUGGUUUUAGAUGGUAAUCUAAUGGUGUUUCACCCGCAAAUGUAAAUUGGGUAGCAACGUUAAUUCAUAGAUUGAUAUUUUAGCAUUUAUAUGAAAAAGAUUUAGUAAGAGCAUUUAUUAUAUGGCAAAGCAGUCCAUGCACCGCUAAGAUAGAGAACAACUUAUAAGUCUUAAUUAAAUACCUCUUUUCCCAGUAAAAAAGACUAUAAAUUAAUAUGUGAAUGCAUUAUUAUGUGAAUUCAUAACUUUUGAUGUGGUAAGUUUUAACUUACUAUUCUACUCUAGACUAGUUUGUCAAAAACUGUUUACAGAAAUUUAAAAUCCUAGUGUUGUAAAUGUUCAAAUAGUUUUGUAAACAACUAAAUUAACCAUUGUUUUUCAAAGGAUGCUCUUGUUUGUAGCCCUAUAAUGAAUAACUUAUUGAAUGAGCUUGUCGGUCCGGACAACAGGGCAGGAUAUUAGUCCCGUUCUUUUUUCGUUUGUAUAUAUAGGACCUUGCAUGAAAAAAGAACCCGUCGACCAAUGUACCCUACACUACAGUCUGGACCUUCCGCUCAGUCAAUAACAUAUAUGUAUUUCGCCUGGAGCGUACAUAUCAAAUAAGUUUAUUUUUAUACAAGCAAAAUAAUAAAAUGUAAAUUUAGAUUAUAUAGAGUAGAAUAUAUGUAAAACAAAUGUAAAUGGUACGUGUCAGAGGGUACGUGUAUAGAAAUUUCUGAAUUUAGUUUGAAAAUUGGUUACUCGUGAAGUUUCAGUGAACCAUUUUUGUUGCAGUUGGCAAGUAACCAUGUUUGGCAUCGCACAUUUUAUGAACUGUUUUGCCCGAAUUCUAACA